CUACAGCCAAGGCCAAACCUCCAUUAUAUAACUGCCUCCUUUUGAAUGACAUAGAUGUAACAUGCCAGUAUUACAAGACCCUGAUAUGCUCCAGUUGAACAGUCCAGAGCUUUAUAAUGCAUGGAAAGGACAGUUAUAUAUUCAGGAACAUCUGGCAUGCGAUAUUAAGUUCAAGUCAUCAAGCACUUGCAGCAUUCCUGCACAGCUGCCAAGCAAGCUAAAAAUUACAGAAGUCAUUAGAUUGUCUGAACUAAGAAAAAUAUUACCAGUGCAAAUUUUUGAUAGCAAUUUUGCAAGUCCAGAAGUGUGUUGUGAAAGUGUCUACUACACGCUUUACCGAGUAAUAACAUCAAAUGUAAAUGGAUUUGAGUUUGACAAACUGCAGUAUUGGAUGAAAGAUCAGGAACUGGCAUUGAUUAAAGUAUUAAAUGACCAAGGAUUUCUGAUUUUGUUGACAUCUUCUGCACUUCAGCGGAGCAAAGAUUUUAGUGUAAAGGAUCCUUUCCAGCUUUUUGCCUUGUUUUUAUUUCCUCACACAAAACUCUUGGAUAAUACAGGAAGAGAACACGGGGGUUACAAAUUUGUCAAAGAAGACAUCUCAUUGAAAAUAACUGAAUUACUGCCUGGCCUUCAAUAUGCCAUUCUAGAAACAAGACAGAUGCAAAAAGGCAAAACCCUUUAUCCCGAUGCUUUGGUGGAACAACAUUUCAAACAGUUUACCAGUCUUCAAAGGAAAAGUGUCAGUAUCGGGGAGGUAAAAGCAGAGUCAAGUAGCACUUCAAGCUUAUCUUUUGGUCAUGGAAAAGACAUUCCUGAUAAAUGUGACCAGUUGGUUUUUUCUCGCCUGCAGUCCUACUUUUCAUCACCAAUAAAUUUCAGUGUUCCACUGCUAAAAAUGUCCACUCUCUUAAAGGAAGAUAUCCCAGUGUCCACUGACUCUGAGAAAUGCAGCAAAAAAGUAAUAGUGAAGGACUCUGUUGCCUUAGAAUCUAAAAUACCUUUAUUAGCAACAAAUAAGAUCAAAAGUGAUGGCUCGAGUGGAAACAACGUUUUGAAUGAAAACAAAAAACAGCCUCCUAAGAAGAGAACCUUUAAAAAAGGUGGAAGACGAGGGGCCAGGAAAGGUAAAAGGAAGCAUACGCAAAAAGCUGCUUUGUCUUCUAGUGCUGCCAGUGAGAACCAGGCUUCAAACAAGAGAAAUGUAAUUGUUGGAGACCAGCAGCAAGCUGUCUCAUCAAACAGAACCACAGUCAAACUUGCCAGCGCUCCUUAUACUCCUGGGAGAAAGAGAGGCGCUGAGGUGUUGACUGCUGAAUUUGUUCAUGAUGACAAAGCCAGUGAAACAGAAACUACAGCUACAAACAAACGGAAUAAAGUACAAACCACCGUUCUUAAAAAUAAAGUUAUAUUGGGAAAACAAAAAAAAAUAGCUGCAGCAGAAGACAGCUAUUUGAUACGUGACAGACCUCCAAGACGUAAGGCCUCUGAUCCAGGUAACCGGAACAAAUCACCUGAAGUUAAAGCCAAAUCCGAAAAUAUGAGAAAAGCAGUAAUAAAACCGCAAGAGCAGCCUGGGAAGAAAUUAAGAAGAACAAUGGAAUCUAUUAAUACUGUUUCCUUUGAACCAGUUACCUCAUUCAGCAAAUCCAGCAUGGAUCUCAAUGUGAUCGCUAAGCAAUCAACUCCCUCGGCACCAGUUCCUGAAAUUGAUUUAAUGGAGAAGCGGAUAAGCAUGUAUGAAUCUCAUGCCCUAAAUCUUCUGGCUGACUUGGCUUUAAAUUCACUCUCUUCCUCAAGUAUUUCAUAUAUAAACUCUGAGAGUGUUGCUCCCAUAAGUGAGCCUGUAGUCCAGGAGACGGUCCCCAGCAGUGAUAGCGGAAAUGCUGUGGAAUACCCACAAAAUGACUGCAGUUCCCCAUUACAAUCUAGUGUUGCCUCCGAGGAGCCUGUUCAGGCACCUGAUUGUGUAAAAAGCCAGCCCAAGGUUGUGAGCGAUGACAGUCUUGUGAACAGUACAACCCAGCACCGUACAGAGAACAGUGAAAAACAAGCCUCCCACAAAGUGCUUAUUGCAGCUGCUAAGGCAAAAGCACGAAAUAAUACCACAAGUAAGAUUAGCUUGGAGCAUUCUUACUCCCAGCUUCCCAGAGACGAUGCCGCAGAUAAAUCCUCAAAAGAACUAAAUGAAAAUCCUUGCCAGGGUGUCUCAGAGCCAACAGUGACAAGCCCAGACAAUGAAGAGAUGGUGGACCAACCAUCAGACUUGUUCUUACCAAGGGAAUCUCUGCUUGGGAGCAGUGAGAGUGGGUGCCCUUCUUUGAAAACAGAUCCACGGGAGGUGUCCAAGUUCCAGGAGAACUUUGUCAUUACAUUCAAAUGGGAACCAAAGUAUGAUUUUGAUCUGGAUAGCAAGUUUACCAGUGAUCCUUUAGAAAAAACUAUAAAUCGAGCUCUACAUGGGCCAUGGAACCCUCACUUGAAGGAGAAGGUGGAAGAUGUGAAAAUCAUCUUACACAUGUGGUUAGCGCUCUUUUAUAGCAAACCCAGCCAGCAGCUGAUUAGCAGCUCUCGGAAAGUUGUAGAGCACAGCAACCCAGCAAAAUACGUCUCUAUCAACACAGUGCAUGACCCGCUUUAUGAGAUUGCAGAGGUUGAUGCUGAUGAUACCAAGAACAGUGAUGACAGUGGCCUCAUGAGUAAUUACACUAGCACUCGAUCCCAAAUCAUGUCGGAUGUUUCUCCAGAGUGGCAUGAAAUGAAUGAAGAUAACAGUAGCAAUCAACCUGUGGAUUUAAGUGUUGCUUCCAGUAUACAAACAAAGGAUUAUUAUGUAAAAUUGUCAAGUGAAAUCUUCCAAAUGUAUAACCAGAGCAGUAUGAGUGCACUUUACACAAAUAGCCUUCAAACAACUGUGAUGUGCAAAAUGACAUCAACAAGCAAAGUUACUCCACCACCUACAAAUCACACGAAUACGAUAUUUUCUGCCAAUAUUCCAUCUGUGUGCUAUGCCGAUGACAGCGAGCAGUUUAACAAUGAACUAACUGCUAAAUCUGAGACUUGUGUGGCUAUUGGUGGUGGUUCUUCUGGAAAGGUGAACCCCAGGGAAAGUGAGCACAAAUAUUCCAAGCGUUUCUCUAGUGCAGAAGAAACACAAUGGUCAAGUGGCUCAGAAAAAGGUUUUAAUAUGUUACAUGAAGAUUCACAUUCAACAGUUUCUAAAAAGGAUGAAAGUGCUGAAAACUAUGAUGUAUACGUUUCUCCUCGACCUAUGAGCCAUACGCAAGCGGAAACAUUCUCAUUAGGUGAUGACAGGUUAGCCAUGAUUGGUGAUAAGAACCAUCCAGCUGCAGCCAGUAGUAAGGUCAAACAUCAAGAGUAUACUCAUGUUACAAGUAGCACUGUUGAUGAUGCAGAGGAUUCACCCUCUGAUGCCUUAAACAUGAACAGUACUGCAGAUGUCUUCCAUGAGGACGAUGGACAUUCUGACCAUUCAGAGGCCACAGGGGAAGAUUUUCUUAAGAAGAGAAGUCCUUUGGUUUCCUUUAUGCACUCUAUGCAAAAUAUACAUGCAAACUCUGAGCGGCAGGAAACUAUAUUAGAAUCUGCUGACAGCAGAAUUGUACUGGAAGCCAAGCUUCAGGAUGUUCGGCAAAAUAAUGAAGACAAAGAACUGGACACGUCUAAUGUUCACUUAGUCGUUACUUCAAGUAGUAAUGGUAGUGAAUUGGGGAUGUGUAAGAAAAGCACUUACUACAAUAAUGAUUUGAAAUCUUCAUGUGAGGAAAACCAAAUGGAUAUAACAUUUUGCAACAAUGAUGACCUGUCACCUUUGACAAGCUCGAAUUUUAAAUCAAAUUCUACUCCUUUGGAUGAUGGAAAGGUUUUAGAGUCUAGGAGUCGGUUAAAUUAUGACAACCCUCCAACUCUCGAAAGCCCAAAGGCAGCGAGAAUUUCUCUUGAAUUAGUGCACAGUGAAGAAUCUAGUAUGCAAGGUGAAAGUCAAGACCAUGCUACAAGAAACAUGGAUUUGGCACAGAGCAUUAAAGAAGCAGAUACCUGUAUUGGCAUUGAGCUUAAUGAUGGCAAAGAUUCCAGUGUUGAUCCAGAGCUUACGGGUAAUAGCUUUAAAGAAGCUAAAGCAAGUUCUUCCACUCAUGAAGAAAUAAUAGAACGUUCAGAGCAAUCUCUAGAUGAGAUGGAAAAAUUUCAAAAAGAGACUUCUUCGUUGGAUGAAAAUGACACCAAUGAGGUUGCCACAUUUGGGAACAUGGACAAGCUGGAAUUAAGCCCUAGCUCCACUGAGACUUCAGAUGUCGAGGCCAUGGAUACAGAAAAUGCAGGCAAAUCUUGCCCAGAAUCAUCUGAGGAUGCUAACGAGGAAAAGUCAUAUAGUAAUGAAAAAUCCGAUUUGGUAGAUACCUCUACAGAAGUUUCUGUGGCUGUAUUGCACCAGGAUGAUGCUAGAAACUCUGAGGAUGAUGGAUGCCAAGUAAACAGGAACUCAGUUGCCGUAGAAGUUACAGAUCAUAGCACUGAGAUGAAGGAAAGCGCAAAGACAGAAGAAACCCUACCAGUUUAUAGCCAUAGUCCUUUUCCAACUAGUGACCUCGGUGCUGAUAGAACCAACAGCCUUACCACAGUUUCUGCCAACUUUCAGUCAAAAGACACAGAAGCUGCUGAUUGCAAUUUUUCGCAGUCUGAUGAAAUGGAAAAUAUCUCUAAAAUAGAUGAGAUAGAAGAUCCUACUGAUAACACACGGACAUUCUGUAACCAGGAAGUUAGGACUCUUAAUAGUGCUGAAAUAUCGGGGAAAGAUCCAAAGACAUGUUUUGGAGAAAACUCCUCAUUGAUUGAGUCUGAGUACAGCAAGGCUGCUGAUUUGGAAAGCAUGGAAGAAAGAAUGUUGCUAGCUUCUGAGUCUAGUAAGGUGACUGAUUUGGAAAGCCUAGGGGACAAAUCCUCAUUGCUUGGCCCGGAGUCUAGUAAGGCUGUUGAUUUGGAAAGCCUAGGGGACAAAUCCUCAUUGCUUGGCCCGGAGUCUAGUAAGGCUGUUGAUUUGGAAAGCCUAGGGCACAAAUCCUCAUUGCUUGACCCGGAGUCUAGUAAGGCUGUUGAUUUGGAAAGCCUAAGGGACAAAUCCUCAUUGCUUGACUUUGAGUCCAGUAAGGCUGCUAAUUUAAAAGGCAUAGGAGAAAAAUCUUCAUUGCAUGACUGUGCGUCCAGUAAGACUGAAGAUUUAGAAUACAUUUCUGUGUUUGAGAAGCUCAAUUUAAAAACGGUCAAUGAGAUAUAUACAACUCCCACAGAUGCCAAAAAGCAGGAAUUGCAGACUCUUGACAUAGAGAACCUUCCUGCUGAAAAAGAAACCAUUGACAAUAAUCAAUCUGUGGAAUUGCUGAACAUGCAAUCUGACGUUUGUGUACUGGAUACAGAAGAUCACAUGGUACCUAAUACGAGCGAAACCGGGAAUAGCUGUGAGGUGCUCCAAGCACCAAGUUCUGAGCCAUUGAAUGAAGUUAUUGCUCUAGGUAUUAAAUCAAAGUCUAAUGAAACCAAAGAUUCAGAUGGUGCCAAAACUCAGCCAGCAAGCAGAUGUGUUGAUGGAAAUGUAGACCAGCUCCAUGUUGAAUCACAGAGUGAUUUUACGUCAGAUCCUGUAAGUGUGAGGCAUUCUCCUGAUCAGCCUAAAAAAAGCACUAAGGUCCAGACCCAAAGUAUGAGAAAUACAAUCCGUAAGGAAAUUUUAUCCAAAUUAAAACUUAUCUGCCGAGGUUCAGGAAUCAGCCAGCAUAUAAGCUCUAAUUCUGAAGAUGAGGUAUUCAUUGUCCAUGAAAAACCUGGUAAAUUGCACACAGAGGAACAAAAGAAGCAGAGCGAAAAUAAAAAACUGGAUUUGGCAAAACCUGAAAUAAAUACUGUAAGCAUUGCAGAAAGUACCAGUAAAACUCAGGAAACCAAAACUCCCGAGUCAGAAAGUCUUGAAGAAAGUCCUGAAGAGAUGGUGCAGGAAAUGGCAGCAAAUAGUCCUUCUAUAACUUCAGCGGAACCUGGUAUUCUUCAGGAAGUGACGCAGUUGGUUUCUCAAGAUAAAUGCAAAUCCCCACUUCAUGAUGAUUUCACUGAUAACAUUGAUCAGGAAUCUGGCCAGGACAAGUCUGAAAUCUGUUGUAUAUUAAAUACUGGUAGUAUAAGUAAAGAGCAGUACGAUCGCUGGUCAGAAACCUCAGACGACGACAUUGAAUUUAUAAAAGAGUAUAAAGAACCUCUAACACGUAAAACAAGUAAAUAUUUCCAGAAAGAAUGUCAUGAGUUCCCCAGUUCUCCACCAGAAGAGCCUGCAUCCUACCCUGAACGAAGAUGUUCAAGAAAGACAAAACAUUUUAAAAGGCGUUCUGGCCCCAGUGCAUCACUGGGGGAGGCAGGUGAAUAUGUAUCAAGACACCACAGAGACAAGGAAUAUCUUAGCCCUAGAAGUCAUGGGGGUAUUAUCAUAACUAGAAAGUUAAAAGAUGUCGGAAAGACUUGGCCCACAGUCCACAAAGGGAGCCUCUCUGCUGGCAGAUCUGACUUUGACAGCGUAUUUACUAAUAGAAGAAGGGUCUCAAGUGAUCUCACCCAAAACACCCUGGACAUGGAGCGUUUGCGUUUCAUGUGUAGAUUAAAAGACGUUUUAAGAAAAUCAUCCCCAGAUAUUCAUGUCUCUGAGCCUCCCUUUCAGACAUUGUUUGAUUCAAGAAGGAUUCCAGGCGGCACAAGUUCCAGAAGUAAAUGUAUAAACCCUCUUCUCAUCACAGUGCAUUGUAAACAUCGCAGGAGAGACUACAGAGGGCAUGACAGCUUGUUUCCAAGCAGUUCUUAUAGCCACGCCUGUUAUGAGAAUGAACUACGGGACAAGCCUGCAUAUUCUAGGACUUCCAAAAAAGUAAGAACCCGUAGAUAUCCUCCUCCUUAUCAUUUUAAUCGAUUGAAGUAUGAGAGCACUCUGGAGAAAGCAAAUAAUGAUAUCUCGGUGAUUAUUAAGGAGUGCACUCAGUCCAAUCACCUAAAGUUAAGCCAUCUUGGUUUAGGUAGCACUGCAGUGGAGAGGACUUCAGCCUGUCCAGUGCCAGAGCAGCGUGGCAGGCAAAUAAGACCGACAUUUGACCCCACUUCCACUAAAUCACAGACUGUUGGGAAUAUUAUUUCUGAUCACUGCACUAACCUGCGCUCAAGAUUACACAGUGUGGCAAGAGACUCUGCACAAAAAAACUGUUACUUUUAUCUUAGCAAGGCCAGUGAUGAUCAUGACGACGAUGAGUUCUUCUCAUUAACAAAGUCAUUACUAAUGAAAGAUGGCUACAUUCCAAUUGAACCACAAGACUUCUGUGACUGUGAGGAAUCGGAAUCUAAAAAACUUUUGGUUAUCAUAAGGAAUGAAAAUGUAUCUUCUCAGAUUCACAAGAGUCUGUUCCAAGUCUUCUACUACGAAGAUUGGAAACAGCUUGACCAGAUUUUUCAGACUUCAAUGGACAUCAAGGACACGUACCUAUAUGUCCCUAUCUUUCUAGUGCAUCAUUGUUUCGAUGUGGGACCUCCACACUACCUGUUUGUGGCGUUGCCCUUAAGCCUCUUGUCUGCACCUCGGGUGUUCACCAAAGUGCUGGCACUGCUGUAUUCUCAUGGCGUCAUCCCCAUUGUGGGAAACUUACCGUUAUGUAUAAAAAAAAUGAGUGAUUUGUUUCUCCCUAACGUAAUGUUUGCUGGUGUGGACACUCCUGAAGAUCUGUCGGAAUCAAUGUAUCAGGAGCUUCUUCAAACUGGUGGAUUUGUCGUAUCUUAUAAAGCUCUAUUGGAAAACAUAUCCAUAGAUAAACUAAAGGAAGUCCUGACAGUAUUAGAGAAGGGGAAUCUAACGUCAGCUUGGAAGUGGCUCAUUCAUUACGGAGAGUACAGGAAACUUAAGGAAGAUAAAAGAGCAGAGUCUAUUUCUCGGAUUAAGAUCUCUUUGCUCAAGUCUUACCAGCAAUCAAACGUCAUUGAAAUCCUGCCUUAUCAUCAGUGUGACUCUAGGUCUAAAGACCUCUCAAGUGAUCUUGAAUGUCUGUUGAACCUCCAGAGCCAACAUAUCCGUUCAAGACUUGCUGUCUGUUUGACAGUUAUGCCAAGCACAGAAGCUGAGGAGAUUGAGCACAAUGGAAUUCUUGUGUAUGAUGUGGACACUUUCAUCAGAAGAAUCCAGAAAGUGGAUGCGUGGCUCCAGCCUUCUUUUUGGUGA